AUGUUAUAAUCCAGGGAAUUUUCCCUUUGUCUGUAUUAUUAUUCUUUAGGCAAUGAAAAAUGUGUAAACUUGUAUAUAACGUGACACUUAUUGUGUUUCGCUAGUAGUAUUUUUUCUUCUUUGGUCGUUAAAUCAAAACAUGAAUUUCGUCAACCUAAUUUAUUUACUAUUAUUCGAAGCUGUAUUUUCAAUGUCAGCUCAUGCAGUAUUUGAAGAAAACACACUUUGUUAUCCCAACCGUUGUGGCAAAGGAACUUGUGUUGAAAUCUCAAAUGAUGAAUACACGUGCAUUUGUCCCUCAGAUGGAUUUUCAUACAAAGGAGAUUGUAUUCCUGAAAACUGUUCUCCAAACCCUUGCAAAAAUAAUGGUACUUGUGAACCAAUGAUGGAUCGUCAAUAUAAAUGUGCAUGCUUGGAAGGAUUUCAUGGAGAAACCUGUGAAUUGGCUAAGGAUCCUUGCAGUCAAAAUCCGUGUAAAAAUGAUGGUAAUUGUAGUUCUGAUGGCGAGAACUACUUUUGUAACUGCACGGAAAACUUCAGAGGUCCUACUUGUGAAAAACGAGUUAAUGAUCCUUGCAGUCAAAAUCCAUGUCAAAAUGGUGGUAAUUGUAGUUCUGACGGAGAUGAAUACUUCUGUACCUGUACUCAAAAGUUUAAGGGAACCACCUGUGAAGAACAAAACGAUCCUUGUGUUCCAAAUCCUUGUGGAAAAGGAACUUGUGUUCCUUUAGAAGAGAAAAACACUUACACGUGCAUUUGUCCCUUGGAUGGAAUUGUUUACCUCGAAAAUUGCAAAAUUCCUGAUCACUGUAUUUCGAAUCCUUGCAAAAAUAAUGGCAUUUGUAGUUCUGAAGGAGAAAAAUAUUCUUGCACAUGCUUACAAAACUUCAGAGGAAUUAACUGUGAAGAAGAAAUUCAAGAUCGUUGCAAUCCGAAUCCCUGCAAAAAUAAUGGCAAAUGCAGUUCUGAUGAAGAUAAAUAUUCGUGUAUAUGCAAAGGAAACUUUAGAGGAACUAACUGUGAAGAAGAAAUUCAAGAUCGUUGCAAUCCGAAUCCCUGCAAAAAUAAUGGUAAAUGCAGUUUUGAUGAAGAUAAAUAUUCGUGUACAUGCAAAGGAAACUUUAGAGGAACUAACUGUGAAGAAGAAAUUCAAGAUCGUUGCAAUUCAAAUCCCUGCAGAAAUAAUGGCAAAUGCAGUUCUGAUGGAGAUAAAUAUUCGUGUAUAUGCAAAGGAAACUUUAGAGGAACUAACUGUGAAGAAGAAAUUCAAGAUCGUUGCAAUCCGAAUCCCUGCAAAAAUAAUGGCAAAUGCAGUUCUGAUGGAGAUAAAUAUUCGUGUAUUUGCAAAGGAAAUUUUAGAGGAACUAUCUGUGAAGAAGAAAUUUCUGAUCACUGUAUUUCGAAUCCCUGCAAAAAUAAUGGCAUUUGUAGUUCUGAAGGAGAAAAAUAUUCUUGCACAUGCGUACAAAACUUCAGAGGAAUUAACUGUGAAGAAGAAAUUCAAGAUCGUUGCAAUCCGAAUCCCUGCAAAAAUAAUGGCAAAUGCAGUUCUGAUGGAGAUAAAUAUUCGUGUAUAUGCAAAGGAAACUUUAGAGGAACUCACUGUGAAGAAGAAAUUCAAGAUCGUUGCAAUCCGAAUCCCUGCAAAAAUAAUGGCAAAUGCAGUUCUGAAGGAGAUAAAUAUUCUUGCAUAUGCGCACAAAACUUUAGAGGAAUUAACUGUGAAGAAGAAAUUCAAGAUCGUUGCAGUCCGAAUCCCUGCAAAAAUAAUGGCAAAUGUAGUUCUGAUGGAGAUAAAUAUUCUUGCACAUGCGUACAAAGGUUUAGAGGAACUAACUGUGAAAAAGGUGAUGAAAACCCUUGCAGCCUUAAUCCUUGCAAAAACGGUGGCAUUUGCAAAACUGAUGGGGACAAAUACUUCUGCACUUGUUUGGAAAAGUUUAAAGGACCGAAGUGUGAAGAAU